AAGAAUUGCUCUGUAUCUUACUGGAAUCCCUAUUGGAUGCUGCCCUCUGAUGUUUGUGGAAUGACCUGCUUUUGGGAAGCGACUCUUAGGUAUAAUUUACUGAAAGCACAGCCUGUUGAGAAAAUGCACCUAGCCGUUGUUGCAUGUGGUGAGCGACUGGAAGAAACUAUAACUAUGUUAAAAUCAGCAGUUAUUUUUAGCAUCAAACCUUUACAAUUCCACAUUUUUGCUGAAGACCAACUGCACCAAAGCUUCAGAGACAUUCUUGACAGCUGGACAUUUUUACAAAAAUUUAAUUUUACUUUAUAUCCAAUAACUUUUCCACCCGAAAAUGCAGCAGAAUGGAAAAAACUCUUCAAACCAUGUGCUUCACAAAGAUUGUUCUUACCACUAAUUCUGAAAGAAGUUGACUCAUUACUCUAUGUCGACACGGAUAUCCUUUUCUUACGACCUGUUGAUGAUAUUUGGUCUUUCCUGAAAGAAUUCAAUUCCACACAAAUUGCUGCAAUGGCACCAGAACAUGAAGAGCCUCGUAUUGGAUGGUAUAAUCGAUUUGCCAGGCACCCAUACUAUGGAAAAACUGGAAUAAAUUCUGGCGUAAUGUUAAUGAAUAUGACGCGAAUGAGAAGAAAAUAUUUCAAGAAUGAUAUGACAACAGCACGGCUACAGUGGGGAGAUAUACUUAUGCCGUUACUAAAAAAAUACAAACUAAACAUUACGUGGGGUGAUCAAGAUCUCCUAAAUAUCAUGUUCUUUCAUAACCCAGAAAGCCUUUUUGUUUUUCCGUGCCAAUGGAAUUAUCGGCCUGAUCAUUGUAUAUAUGGCAGCAAUUGUCAGGAAGCCGAAGAAGAAGGAAUCUUUAUUCUUCACGGAAAUAGAGGUGUUUACCAUGAUGAUAAGCAGCCAGCUUUCAGAGCCGUUUACGAAGCACUGCGGAAUUGUUCAUUUGAAGAUGACAAAAUUCAUUCCUUGUUGCAUCCACUAGAACUGGAACUUCAAAAGACUGUACAUACAUAUUGUGGAAGAAUAUACAAACUAUUUAUAAAACAGCUGACAAAAAGCAUAAAAGAUAGUUAUGGUAGACCACCAAGGGAAAGGUGAAUUUUGGUGAAUCACUCAAAUCUACUGGAUUAAUGUAGCUCAGUCAGCAUGUGUGGUUGAAGGAUUUUCUUGCACAAAAUGUUAAUCUUCUUGAACUCAUUUAUUACAUCUCCAGACAAAAGUUUAACCCUUAUGGGUAAAAUGAGAAGCAUUUUUAUUAUGAAGAUUAAAACGGAGCAUUGCAUCCAGUCAAGAAGAUAUUUUUGAUUUUGGAAGUUUGUAAUCACUUGAAGCUUUCGUUUUAGUAUAAGUAUCAGUGCAGAUGGUCAUUUGUUUUUGUUUCAUUCUAGUUUGUGUAAGUCUACCGACUGAAUGAUCAACUGAAUGAAAAGCUAGGGGGAUAUAUUUAGAAUGUGCCUCUUUCGUAACUUAAAACUCUGAAACUGUGAAUGUAGCAAUAAUUCUGAGUCAGCACUAACCUCACUUUAAAUGUGAGAACAAAAAUGUUUACAGGGGCAGAAAAUCUAUUUUGAAAGAAAUGUGAUAUAACCAUUGACAAUCUGCGUGUGCCUUCCUAUGUUUCAUCUCUGACCUGUUAAAAAUUAUUGUGACAAUCAUGUUUAAAACCUUUUUAGGUGAGAAAACUGCACAUUAAAACAGAGUUCUACAAGGAAAUUAAAUUAGUAUAAACCUUUUGGCUUUAGUUAAGUCUAUAUUAAAUACUGAUUGCUGUUUCAUGUAUUUCUAUGUUAAACUGUCUUGCCCUAACUCAAAAAUAGCUAGAUUUUGAUAUGCUAACUAUGUGGGGCAAUUUUUUAACACUUUAAAUGACAAUUUGCAACUGGAUAUUCUGGAAGUUGAAAAUUUAUGCUGGUUUAAGAGCUCUGUGACAAUUCUGUUGCUGAACAGUUCAGAGCUAUGAUGUUUGUUCAGAAAUGGACCAAAAUGCAUACAUGACACUUUCCUGUGAAAAGCAAUUUAUUAGUUAUUUAUAAUGGGGUGGAAAGUGGCCCAUUUUCACUUUUGUCCUACCUCAGAAUGGCUUUGAAAAAUAGUUUUACUUCUAUAUUUCAAAGGAAAGAAUUUUGAAUUUAAUUUCAUGAAAUUUUUACAUACCCCAUCAGUAUGUAAAUUGAUAAAAUUCCUUUCAUUCAGAAUGUUUUGUAGUUUAGUAGGUGGAAAUUUAGUUUGGGAUUGCCGCUUGUUUAGGCAGACAAGAAACCUCUUGCUUUACCAGGCUAAAAGCAAAGUGAUCGUAUUUUCCCUGGUUUAUCUAUCUAGCCGUUCUUAGUUAAAAAUGGUAGAAAGAGACUCCUGUUUAAACAGUCCAGCUGCUCAUUAAUUGUCUUCUUUGAAACAGUGUGACCUUUCCUCCCUCAGAUGCACUCCUCCUGUCAGCUACUAUUCAUACUUAUCUCCCCCGUUUCCACAAAUUAUAGUCCUUGUUAGGAUGAGCAUGACAUUAGAAUACAGUGUGGCCAGGACCUUUUACCUUACUCAAUUAGUGGAUCAUGAAAAGAGUCUAAAAUUAAUGUAGUAACAAUUAAGAAUUAUGGCUGAAUCUGUUUAGACAUGUGAAUUUAGGCAUGGGAAUCUAGUAGUUUUUCAGUACCCAUAAGUAAAUAGAACUAGAGAGCUGAGUUCCUGAACCCAUUUUGUGGUCAUUGUAACCUAAGUUUUUUGAGUGAAAAUCUCAUUGAUCUACAGUAUCAGAGUGCCCUAUAUAGUGGAAGCUCAAGUACUGUGGAUAGAAUAUUGGGAAUGAGCUCAUUGUUUUUUGCACACUAUAUGUCACCAUAGGAAAUUCGGGCCACUAUUUACAUGUGUUAAGCUUAGUUUAGUUUGAUUUUUUUUUUAAAUCUCUACCGUUUUCUCUCCAAACAUGUCCCACAUCUGAAAUUUUAUUGAGAGUUAGCAUUGGUGCUAAACUGUAGUUAAACACCUUUAAAAAGGUAGAACAUUGCCUAAACCACUCGUUUUCACUUAAUUGGGCCAAAUUUGCAUUUAACUGUACCAUUUAAUAAAAUGAUUCAAUAUCUUGAGAUGUGCAUAUAUGUGAAAAUCUGGCGUUUUUCUAAUUACAGACAACCUCAAAAUGAGUGUCAAAACUCUGGUUAACUUGAUAUCUACUUCAGUACUUACCACACGCAUAAAGAAUGCUUUAAUAAGUGCCAUGAUUAAAAUGAUUAAACUCCUUGUCUUCGAUGGUAAAACAGUAUCUCAGUAAAAAGUGUACUGUCAACAAAUAUGGUAAAAGUUCCUGAGGAAGCAAAUCUCAUUUAAAAAGUUCUGAAGUCUUUAGGAGACUGACUCCUGAAGUCUUUGUGCAUUUCCUACUUCAUAAAGAGGGCUGUACAGAAGUUGUUCAUUUUGCCCUUCUUUCCCCUGGCCACGUUGGCCAGGAUCUUCAAGGGAAGCAAGUUGAGGCUUUUUUGCAAGGGAGAGAGGGGAAAAUGCGAAAGUGGGAGCAGAAAAAUGAGAUGAUAGGAAAGUGAGAAAAGAAUAAGAAAUGGAUGAGAAAGUAGCAAAAGAAAGAGAAACGGAAGAAGGAAUAGAAGAAAAGUUAAAGGAAUCUGGAAAGGAGAAAAAAAUCAGGAAGGAAAUGAGAAGGGAAAAGAGAGAUGAACAAGUGGAAAGGAGAAAAGACAGGCUAAGAAUGGGAAAGGUGAAAGAAGACAGAAGUAUUUUCCUUCCAAAAUAGCCACUUAGGCUUCUUCUUGCACCUCAGCAUCCCGUACUUCUUAUCCUAAUAUCCCCCUCUCUCCCCCAUCCUCUUUGGGACCAAAGGAAACUGCAUUCACCUCUGCAUUCUUCGCCAGUAGGUGCCCUAUAAUUGGGUAACAUGGGCAACGUAAAUGUUGGGAGCAUUUACUAGCACUUCGUCUUUCCAAUUGUAUACCAUGUUAAGAAAUCUCUGGUGUUCAGUUUUCUAUAGCCCAACAAUUUAUAAGCAGAAUCUAUGGGUUAGGGUGGAGUGGGCCAUGAUGGUUGCCUUCAGCAAAGAUCUCAACUAGAGGGUUUGGGAGAAAGUGGCGACGUUGCUUCCCCUUCUCACUGAUAAAAGCAGUCGCAGCUAUCCUGGCGAUUUCUGGAGGACCGGUCCAGUCAUUCGGCCUCCAUUUCCAAAUAGCUUUUGAAAGGAGGAGGAGUGGUGGAAGCCAGUGGGGCAGGAGCCAUGAGCCUCAGUAACUGACAGCACCUCCUUUUCCAGCUGGCAAGGAAACUGGAAUGCUGCUGGGGAAAACAAAUAGAGAAUAGAAAUGUGGAACGAGUUGAAAUGGUUCCAAUUUUGCAGUGUAACUGGAAUACAUUUUUAUUAGUACUUCUGUUUUUAAAUGCUCAAAAAUGUAGCAUCUUCUGUAAUGUUUAAGAUAGUUAAAAGCAUUGAAGUUUGUCUUUUUUUUUUUACCUGAUUUUCAAGUAGCAACUUCACUGAUACUUUUCCAAUGGGCUUUUCAUUUUUCCAAGAUACUGUAAACUAUGCUUGCAAAUGAUGCCUGUGUCUUGCCUCUUCAAGUCGGGUCCUUUCUGCAAAGAGACUAAACCAUGAAGUGCAUGGUUUACUAUUGCUGCUGUUCAAAUGAUCUUCAUCUCUAUUGACUGAUUUAGGAGUUGACUGUAUUAAAGUCCUAGAAAUGUUCAGGGUGGUAGAAGAAAAUUGAGUUUGGAAGGAAAGUUUCAUGGGAAUAAUCCAAGUAAGUCUUUGGUGGAAGAGGAAUGAAUGCAUUUUUCCAUUGGAAGGAAGUUUUAGUCCUGUAAACCAACUUUAAUCUUCAUAGAUCUCUUUUCUGAGCAUUAACUUGUGUGAAUAACUGGAUGCAAUGAAGUUUUUUUAAAAAAAAUCACUGAGUGGUUAGCAUUAGCUUAAGUAGCAAACAGUGUGUUAAAAAAAAAGUGUGUUUAUUUGCCAUUACUGAACAAGAAUCUGACUAAUGACUGUGGGUAUUAUGUAGUUGAAAAAAGGUGCAUGAAGAAAUAGAAAAUGUCUCACAUGCCACUGUGGGACAGAAAAUAUUAUAAAUGCCUCAUUUAAGUUAUUUCAAGGAAAAUGUAGAAAAAAAUUCAGAUAAUAGAUAAACUUUGAAGUUUCAAUCAAUGUUAUGUACUGAGCAUUUUCUGUGUACAGAGCACCGAACUCAGAGCUUGGGAAAGUUGGUAGAUAGUAGGAGUUUACAGUCUACAAUUUCAAAAUAUAACAUAAUUUGCUGUUAUCUGUGGAGGAAGAAUGCUUUCUCUAAUCUCUUUUCAUCACAGAGUUUCUAAAUUUAGGAAUAAUAUAGAUGGUAUUUCCCCCAGGCAUCUGAAAUGUGGUGUUUUGACAUUUUAUGAAGAUUAUAACUGAACUGUUAAGAAAACAUCAGUUGCCUUAAGUCUGCUCCCUCAGUCCUAACCAAUUGUACCUUGCUGUUGUAAAGCAAUUACUGAAUAAAGCAAUUACUGAAUUUUCUCAGA